AUGAAGGUUAAGAUCAAGAAAUGGCAUGCCAUUGCGCAAUGGCGCUGGGACACGGGCCACAACGACCCCGACGACGAUGGCGAGGGAGACGUCUGCGGCAUCUGUCGCGUACCGUUCGAGGGAUGCUGUCCGACGUGCAAGAUGCCCGGCGAGGACUGUCCGCUAAUAUGGGGCGAAUGCACACACGUCUUCCAUAUGCAUUGCUUACUACAAUGGAUUGGCACCGCAUCGUCCAAGCAGCAGUGUCCUAUGGAUCGAAGACCAUGGGUAACGGCGGAGAGGAAGGUCGACGCGAACAAUCCGCGGUAG